AUCAACAUGGUCAGUUCACUCGUCGUCUGCAGUUGUUUGGUCGCACUCUUGACCAUUGGUUCGGUCAGCACCGAUGCCCCGCUAGAGCCAUACACAGCCGCUCUGUUGGCACUGCUGACCGGCAAUCCGGAAUUCUAUCCGGCCGAAAGCCAGUACCAGAUCAAAUAUCCCAACUACGCACGGACUUAUGUGAGACCUGCGUUUUAUUAUCCAACGGCCUACGGUCCAGUGUAUCCAUCAGCACCGCAAUACGAUUUCUACCGUCCCAAUCAAGCGCAGAUUAUGUCGCCAACGAACCAACCAGCAGAUGAAACUGAAGCUGAUUUCUUUCGUUCAGGAUCGGAGCCCCGAUUCUUUGGAAUUAAGAAACAUUUGUUGCUGUCUGCUUUGAGAGGUCCACCAGGCCCUCCUGGCCCUCCUGGCGGUGUGACUCCGGCACCUGCUCCAGCUCCUGCUCCGGCUCCUGCACCCGCUCCAGCUCCGACUAAUGUUGGCCCUCCUGGACCUCCAGGACCACCCGGCCCUGCUGGUGCAGUUGGUGUAGCAGGCCCACCAGGUCCAGCUGGUGCUGACGGUCCUCCCGGUCCAGCUGGCCCUGCUGGUGCUGACGGCCCUCCAGGCCCAGCUGGUCCUCCUGGCCCUGCAGGUCCCGCUGGCCCAGCAGGUCCCGCCGGUCCAGCAGGUCCCGCAGGACCUGCUGGCCGUUAACCUUUUAGUUCAACUUAACCUAAUGGCAAA